GCGAGCAGUCUACUGAAUAGUAGCCCAUUUAGUGUGUGAUCGUCAACGAGUACAGUAGUCCUCGGUGUUUAAACGUUCCCGUUUUCUGUGCUUUGAAGAGAGAAGCAGAAAAAGAAGAAGAGAGUGGACAGAAUUUUGUUGGAUUUUUGACUGUUGAGAAACCAACAGCUGAAACAAAGUGACAAGUUUUUCGCGAUUCGUGAAAAAGACGAAAAGUUUUAAAAACCUUUAGUAAGCCCGUGUUCUAAGCGGACGACAAACCUUUUUAUUCGAACUUUGUUCAGAAGACCUACCCAGCAGCACCAUGAGAGAAAUCGUUCACAUCCAAGCCGGUCAGUGCGGAAACCAAAUUGGAGCUAAGUUUUGGGAAAUCAUCUCCGAUGAGCACGGCAUCGACGCCACCGGCGCGUACCACGGCGAUUCGGAUCUGCAGCUGGAGCGCAUCAAUGUGUACUACAACGAAGCCUCCGGCGGCAAAUAUGUGCCACGUGCCGUGCUAGUCGAUCUGGAACCGGGCACCAUGGAUUCCGUGCGCUCCGGCCCAUUCGGACAGAUCUUCCGCCCGGACAACUUCGUCUUCGGACAGUCCGGUGCCGGUAAUAACUGGGCCAAGGGACACUACACUGAGGGUGCCGAACUGGUCGACUCCGUGCUGGACGUCGUCCGCAAGGAGGCCGAAUCGUGCGACUGCCUGCAAGGAUUCCAGCUGACGCACUCGCUUGGUGGUGGUACCGGAUCCGGUAUGGGAACACUGCUGAUCUCGAAAAUCCGCGAGGAAUACCCCGACAGGAUCAUGAACACAUACUCCGUUGUCCCGUCGCCAAAAGUGUCAGAUACCGUCGUCGAACCAUACAAUGCCACCCUCUCCGUGCACCAGCUGGUCGAAAACACCGACGAAACGUACUGUAUUGACAAUGAAGCCCUGUACGACAUCUGCUUCCGCACCCUGAAGCUCACCACUCCAACCUACGGCGAUCUGAAUCAUCUCGUCUCGCUGACCAUGUCCGGAGUCACUACCUGCCUGCGUUUCCCUGGUCAGUUGAAUGCCGAUCUGCGAAAACUGGCCGUCAACAUGGUACCAUUCCCACGUCUGCACUUCUUCAUGCCCGGAUUCGCCCCAUUGACCUCCCGCGGCUCGCAGCAAUACCGUGCCCUGACGGUUCCGGAACUGACCCAGCAGAUGUUUGACGCCAAGAACAUGAUGGCUGCCUGCGAUCCACGACAUGGCCGAUACCUAACAGUUGCCGCCGUCUUCCGUGGCCGAAUGUCGAUGAAGGAAGUCGACGAACAGAUGCUGAACAUCCAGAACAAGAACAGCAGCUACUUCGUGGAAUGGAUCCCGAACAACGUCAAGACCGCCGUCUGUGAUAUUCCUCCACGAGGAUUGAAGAUGUCCGCUACCUUCAUCGGCAACUCUACCGCCAUCCAGGAAUUGUUCAAGCGUAUUUCCGAACAGUUCACCGCUAUGUUCCGUCGUAAGGCUUUCUUGCAUUGGUACACUGGCGAGGGUAUGGACGAGAUGGAAUUCACUGAGGCGGAAAGCAACAUGAACGAUCUGGUGUCUGAGUACCAGCAGUACCAGGAGGCCACGGCCGACGAGGAUGCCGAGUUUGACGAAGAGCAGGAGGCUGAAGUUGACGAAAACUAAAUCUAGUUCUCCAGCAAAACCCCCCACUCAAACGAACCUGACUUCCUUCUACACCAAACUUCCCCCUUCCCAUCUUCUUACAGAACUUUCGCUCAUUCCAAACAUUUUUUCCUGUGCUCUCUGCCAC